AUGAUGGUACGCCGGGGACUGCUUGCCUGGAUUUCUCGGGUGGUCCUUUUGCUUCUCCUUUUAUGUUGUGCUGUCUCAGUCCUCUACAUGUUAGCCUGCACCCCAAAAGGUGACGAGGAACAAUUGGCUUUGCCCAGAGCAAAUGGCCCCACUGGGAAAGCAGGCUACCAGGCUAUUCUUCAAGAGCAAGAGGAACAGCAUCGCAGCUACAUUAGCAGCCUGAAGAAGCAAAUAGCCCAACUGAAGGAUGAGCUUCAGGAAAGGAGUGAGCAGCUAAAGAAUGCACAGUCCCGCUCUGGCGACUCGGGGGGUCAUCCAGAGAAAACCCAGGCUGACCUUCUAGAGUUCUUGCACUCCCAGGUGGACAAGGCUGAGGUGCAUGCUGGUGUCAAACUGGCCACAGAAUAUGCGGCGGUCCCUUUUGACAGCUUCACCUUGCAGAAGGUGUAUCAGCUGGAGAUGGGCCUCACACGACACCCAGAGGAGAAGCCCGUGAGGAAGGACAAACGAGAUGAGUUGGUCGAAGCUAUUGAGUUGGCUCUUGAGACUCUGAACCACCCUGAAGAGGAGAGCAACUCAAAUCAUCGCCCUUAUGCAGCUUCCGAUUUUAUAGAAGGGAUUUACAGAACAGAAAAGGAUAAAGGGACUUUGUACGAGCUCACGUUCAAAGGGGACCAAAAACAUGAAUUCAAACGACUUGUCUUAUUCCGACCAUUUGGUCCCAUCAUGAAAGUAAAAAAUGAAAAACUCAACAUGGCCAACACACUUAUCAACGUUAUCGUGCCCCUGGCAAAGAGGGUGGACAAGUUCCGACAGUUCAUGCAGAACUUCAGGGAGAUGUGCAUCCAACAAGAUGGGAGAGUCCACCUCACCGUGGUUUACUUUGGGAAGGAACAAAUGAGUGAAGUCAAAGGAAUCCUGGAGAACACUUCCAAGGCUGCCAACUUCAAAAAUUUUACAUUUAUCCAGUUGAGUGGUGAGUUCUCAAGAGGCAAGGGACUUGACGUCGGUGCACGGGUUUGGAAAGGAAGCAACGUUCUCCUCUUUUUCUGUGAUGUCGACAUCUACUUUACCUCUGAAUUCCUCAAUACGUGUAGGCUGAACACACAACCAGGGAAAAAAGUGUUUUAUCCAGUCCUUUUCAGUCAGUACAAUCCUGGAAUAAUUUAUGGUCAUCAUGAUUCAGUUCCACCCUUAGAACAACAACUGGUUAUAAAAAAAGAAACUGGAUUUUGGAGAGACUUUGGAUUUGGAAUGACUUGUCAGUACCGGUCAGACUUCAUCAAUAUAGGUGGGUUUGACCUGGACAUCAAAGGCUGGGGAGGGGAAGACGUGCACCUGUACCGCAAAUACCUGCAUAGCAACCUCAUUGUGGUUCGGACUCCCGUGCGGGGGCUUUUCCACCUCUGGCAUGAGAAGCAGUGCGUGGAUGAGCUGACUCCCGAACAGUAUAAGAUGUGCAUGCAAUCCAAGGCCAUGAACGAGGCAUCCCAUGGGCAGCUGGGGAUGCUCGUCUUCAGGCACGAGAUCGAAGCCCACCUGCGCAAACAGAAGACGAGUAGCCAGAAGACAUGACGUCCUCCGGGAGGCUGUUCUCUUCUCUUAGAGAUUUAUGGGAAACAAUCACUGUUGCCCCGGAGGAGGCUAUGGUGAAAGAUGGGGAAAAAGCAU